AGUGUCACAUCAUCGGAUUUAUCCUCCGGGACCACGGGAGCAGCGAGCGAACCACUCCCAAAACCCUUCCUCUACCCGGCCGCCGGCGCCGACAUGGCCGUCGCCCACCGCCUCCUCCGCCGCGGCCUCUCCGCCGCCUCCCCCCUCCCCUCUCUCCGCAGCCUCCUCCUCGUCUCCCCUCAGGAGCUCGGGAGGCGUCCGGCGAGCUCGGCAGCGGCGGGGGACGCGGCGGCUGAGCUGCGGGGCGCGCGGGAGGACGUCAAGCAGCUGCUCAAGUCCACCUCCUGCCAUCCCAUCCUGGUUCGCUUAGGGUGGCAUGAUGCUGGUACUUAUGACAAGAACAUUACUGAAUGGCCGAAGUGUGGUGGGGCUAAUGGUAGCUUGAGAUUUGAGAUUGAGUUAAAACAUGGGGCUAAUGCAGGUCUUGUGAAUGCAUUGAAGCUGAUCCAGCCCAUCAAGGACAAGUAUGCAGGUGUCACUUAUGCAGAUCUGUUUCAGCUUGCCAGUUCUACAGCCAUUGAGGAAGCUGGUGGCCCCAAGAUCCCCAUGAUCUAUGGAAGAGUUGAUGUUGCUGCCCCUGAACAAUGCCCACCAGAGGGCAGACUUCCUGCUGCUGGUCCACCUUCACCCGCGGAACAUUUGCGAGAAGUAUUCUAUAGAAUGGGCCUGAGUGACAAGGAAAUUGUUGCGUUGUCAGGAGCUCAUACACUUGGACGAGCUAGACCAGAGCGUAGUGGCUGGGGUAAACCAGAAACAAAAUACACCAAAAAUGGACCUGGUGCACCUGGAGGGCAAUCUUGGACAUCUCAGUGGCUCAAGUUUGACAACAGCUAUUUCAAGGACAUCAAAGAACGACGAGAUGAGGACCUUCUAGUGCUGCCUACUGAUGCUGUGCUCUUUGAGGAUUCGUCAUUCAAGACCUAUGCAGAAAAGUAUUCUGAGAAUCAGGAUGCAUUUUUCAAAGACUAUGCUGAAGCUCAUGCCAAACUGAGCAACCUUGGAGCAAAGUUUGAUCCACCAAAGGGUAUUUCAAUUGAGUGACUGACAAAAGCUGCUGAUGAGCUGCAUUUUGGCGAGUUCAAGACAAUACCCUGAUUCUUCUUGCUGUUGUUUUUGAAUUGUAUGCUUAUAAAGCAUAUUCUGGUUUAUUACAUCCAGAAUUUGACUCCUAAUUGGCAGUUCUUGUUCUUGAUGCUGUUUCUUGAGUUGUGCUCUUGAUUAGAAAUAAAAACAGCAGUUACCAUUUUCAUUUUCAGAACCAAACAUUUACCACAUUUUUUAAUGAUGUAUGGUACUGCAUUGAGCUGUUACAGAGGAUCACCAAAAUAUAAAACAGAAUUUAUUACUGAAUCCUUUUGUGAUAU